AUGUCCUCCUUUCCUAAAACACAUGAGGAAAUAGUCGAGUUCUUUCAGGGCUUUAUUGAAGCCUAUAAGGAACAGAACAAAACCCCAUGUGAUUUUCAGUGGGGACCCUGCUUUCCUCAUCCUGACAAGGAUAAGAUAUUCUAUGGAGAUCAGAUGAUAACACCCGAUGGACACCAGGCAUUUCAUGAACAUCAGAUGAAAGUUCCCCAAGACCAAAUAAACCAUUAUGGUCAGAUGGCAUCUUUUAGUGGUGAGAAUAUAGGCAGAAACCCCAUGAAAAUCCAGGGUAGUAAAUACAGACUCAGUGGGUAUCAGAAAUCAAUUUACAGAGCUGACCAGAAUCUUUGCAUCGGUCUUCAGAGGACAAGUCAGGGUGGUGGCCAGCCUCUCUAUAACUGUCUGAUUCAAACUCCUCAAUGUUACACAAUUUAUCAAGAGAGCAUGAAGAUAAAAUGCAGUGAAGAAGACCACCUGUUUCAGUGUCCGGAAGCAACUACCAGUUGUGAAGACAAUUACUUGGGUCAGAAGUCAUCACCCACUGUUGAAGGAAGCCACAGUCUUCAGUUGCCUUUAUUUAGUAACCAAACACCUUAUGUGGAUCAAUCUACAUAUCCUUCCUCUUCCUCUCUCCCCCAAAGUCAACCCCUGGAGAGCUUUUCAGUUUCAUUUUCAAUCCAGGGGUAACUUCCACAAGAGAAGUCAGACCUGGAGACCCAGAGCCAUGUGACUCAAAAGUCUUCCACUUUGAGGUUCUUCUGUACCUACCAGGAUUGUGGGAAAUCUUAUACCAAGUCUUUCCACCUCAAAGACCAUAUGAAGAAACACACUGGGGAGAAGGCCUAUGUGUGUAAUAAGCCUGGAUGCAAUUGGAAAUUUUACCGUGCUGUAGAUCUCUUAAGACACAAAAGAAAGCACAGUGGGGAUUAUCUUCACCCUUGUGCUACGUGCAAUAAGAAUUUUUCCAGAUUAUAUUAUCUCAAACAGCAUCAGAGGGUGUGUACUUGA